AUGGACAUGGCAGAAAACACAGGUGCUUCCCAGCCAAGACUCUGUAAUACUCAGCCUUCCCCUGCGGAGCCCAGCCAGGUUGUUUCAGGUCAGAGCUCAGAGAUGCCUACCUGGAAACAAACAGUGGUGACAUCUGCAUCCUGUAGCACACAGGAGGCUGUCUGUACUCAGAACUCAACAGCACACGCAGGAAAAGCUUUUGAAUUCCAUUUUGGAGAGCCAAAUGAGACGUCUUCUUUGAACCAGCAGAAAAAAUUCCCUGCAGGCCCUCAGUUUAUGCAGCUCAACGGCACCCCCAAGACUUGCCUCUCUCAUCCCCAGAAGACAGCAGUACUUGACAUCAAGGAUACUCUCAACAAUGAAGGCUACUGGGUGAGGACACUGAGCCCUGACAAGACUGUCUUGAUCCAAAAUACAGGCUUGUGUGAGAGUCAGACGAUUACCUCUGGUGAUCAUCAAAUUGCUCUCUCUGGAAGCCAUGCAGGCCAUGACUCAAAUGUGGAUCACUCCCUUCCUUCUAUAAACGACCAGACCCUCAGUGGUGACCUUGAGAUGACUUUCAAAGAUGACCAGACCUCCUACUACAGUCAGCUGACAACCAGAGAUGGAGGGCUUCUGAGUCUCUACGGGAAUCAGAUGACAGCACCCAAUUAUAGCCAGGCCCUUCAUCCCAGUCAAAUCCUAACCUUUUCUGAACAGAAUCCUUUGGGGGAUUUGAAGAGGAACCUAAUAGCUGAUAAUAGAUUCUAUGGAGAUCAAAUGAUAACUCCCAAUGGAUAUCAGAUUUUCUAUGAGCCCCAGAAGAUAGAUAACUGUGACCAGAUAAAGCAUGACUAUCAGAUGACAUCCUUCAGUGGUCAGAAUGUCUGCAGAAGUCAGGAGAAUUUCUUCAGUGGUGAGUACUCCCUCUCUGGGUAUCAGACAUCAGGCUACAGAUGUGACCAGAAUUUGACUGAGAAUCACCAGGUGACAAGUCCAAUUGGUGUCCAGCUUCUCUAUGACUUUCAGAUGCCAAUCUCCAGUUUUGACACAACUUUUCAUGGGACUAAGAGGACAACAUCCAGUGCAGAAGACAACCUGGAUUGUCAUCCAGAGACAAGUCCCAGUUCUGAAGAGACAUUCUACUUGGGUCAGAUGAGGAUCUCUGUUGAUCACAAUGUCUGCCCAAGUCAGAAUGGAACACCCAAAAUUGAAGAAAGCCUUGAUUCUCUGGUGACUUCACUUAGCAACCAAGCCCCAUAUGUGGGUGAAUCCUCAUAUACUUUAAGUUUCCCUGUGAUACAAAGACAACCUCAGGAAAGCUCUUCACCUUCUGGUUUGAUCCAAGGACAGCAUCCAGAGAUGAAAUUAGACCUCAAGACCCAGAGCCCUGUGUCCCAGAAGACCUGUUGUCCUUUGAAGCGCUACUACUGUACCUACCAGGAUUGUAAGAAAUCUUACACAAAGUCUUACCACCUUAAAGACCACAUGAAGAAACACACUGGUGAGAAGGCUUAUGCAUGCAAUGAGCCUGGAUGCACAUGGAAAUUCUUCCGCUUAUGUGAUCUCAACAGACACAAAAAAAAGCACAGUGGGGUGAGGCCCUACCCAUGUCUCAAGUGCAACAAAAGAUAUUCCAGAUUGAAUUAUCUCAAUCAGCAUCUGAAGAGCCAUACUCAAGCAUCACACACCACUGCAACCUAA